AUGUGGACGCGGGCCGUGUGGCUGGGCCUUCGGGCAGCAGCGGGCGGGCGCCGGGGCUUCACCUCCAAGGCCGAUCCUCAGGGAAGCCGCCAGGUCACGGCCGAGCUGAUCGAGCACCUGGAGCGGCUAGCGCUUGUGGACUUCAGCAGCCAGGAGGCCGUGGCACGCCUGGAGAAAGCCAUCGCCUUCGCCGACCGGCUCCGCGCCAUGGACACAGACGGGGUGGAGCCCAAGGAGUCAGUUCUGGAGGACAGGUGUCUGUACUUGAGUUCCGACAAUGUGGUAGAAGGCAACUGUGCUGAAGAACUACUACAAAACUCCCAUCGAGGUGUGGAGGAGUAUUUUGUGGCUUCCCCAGGUAAUAUCUCUUGGCCAAAGCUGGAUGAAAAAGAGCCCUUCUCACACCACUGAGUAGCUAUUCUGGGAAGGGGUGCCCUCUAAAAACGUGGAAGUGCAAUGACUAUUUUGUUAUGAACACUAAUGUUCCCACUUCCUUCAGUCACCUGAAAAAAGUGAUGGUUAGGUAUCUUUUAGUAACUAACUCUUUUGAAGACAGAAUUGGGAAAGAUCUAGCCAAAAUAAGGCAAAGAGUCCCUGAUGCCAACGGAAGAGCACACGU